AUGGCUUUCUUGGCUUCUCAAGUCACAUGUCGCACUCUCCAAGAUGCAUCCAUGUAUGAGAGGCACGAGGAAUGGAUGAGUUGUUAUGGCAAGGUGUAUAAGGACCCUCGGGAACGGGAAAAGCGUUUCAGGAUAUUCAAGGAAAAUAUGAAUUACAUUGAAACCUCCAAGAAUGCCGCCAUUAAACCUUACAAGCUAGUCAUUAAUCAAUUUGCAGACCUCAACAACGAGGAGUUCAUUGCACCCAAAAAUAUAUUCAAGGGGAUGAUCCUUUGUCGAUUUUGUUGGGCGUUUUAUGAUGUUGCUUCGACUGAAGGAAUUCUUGCACUGACGGCUGGAAAAUUGAUCUCUUUGUCAGAACAAGAACUUGUUGAUUGUGACACAGAGGGUGUGGACCAAGGUUGUGAGGGUGGCCUUAUGGAUGAUGCUUUCAAAUUCAUCAUUCAAAAUCAUGGAGUCAAGAUGCCAAUUACCCUUAUAAGGGUGUUGAUGGAAAAUGCAAUGCAAAUGAAGAAGCCAACCCUGCUGCUACUAUUACUGGUUUCACUGGCAUGUGGUGUUGUCUUAGGGACUUUCUCAAGAAUCAGUGUAACAUGUUACAGUAGUUAA